CAUAACCGUCGGCUGAGUGUUGUCUUGGGUUACACUUGAUCCUGAGCUGACGACGGUCAUGCCGCGUGGGGUUGUCGCUGGAUAAUUGCGCAGAAUGUUCCAUGUGGAGUCCCGAAGCCGUGGAAACCGAAUAUUAAAGGUACGUACUUGUAGGACAUGUCAUAUAUGUAGGCAGGUUAUUAUCCCUCUGCUCCCAGGGCCACCCAACGUACCAGCUUCCAUAGUAGGGUUACGUUACUCUGCUUGCACAUCCAACAAUGCGGUUCACGUUCGCCCUCUCGACCACGGCAGCGGUCUUGGCCGCUGCCCACCCGCAUGCCAAGAGAGCCGCCAUUGACGAGUGUCUCGAGGCCGCCGGUGUCCCGGUCGACGCGCCGGAUUCGGAGGACUGGGAGCUCGACGUCAACCCCUUCAACCAGAGACUCCCCUACCUCCCCGCUGCCAUCGCCGUCCCGACUACCCUGGAGCACAUCCAAGCUGCCGUCUUGUGUGCCGCCGAGGUUGGCCUUAAGGUGAACCCCAAGUCGGGUGGCCACAGCUAUGCGUCGUUCGGCCUUGGUGGCGAGGACGGCCAUCUUGUCGUGCAGCUCGACCGCAUGAACAACGUCACGCUCGACACCGAGACCCAGAUUGCGACGGUUCAGCCAGGCGCACGUCUCGGCCACGUUGCGACGCUGAUCUAUGAGCAAGGCAAGAGGGCUUUCAGCCACGGAACCUGCCCUGGUGUGGGUGUUGGUGGACAUUCGCUGCACGGCGGCUUUGGCUUCAGCUCGCACACGCACGGCCUGGCGGUGGACUGGAUCGUCGGUGCGACUGUGGUUCUCGCCAACGGCACUGCCGUUAACGCUUCCGAAACCGAGAAUAAGGAUAUCUUCUGGGCCCUCAAGGGCGCCGGAUCCAACUUUGGCAUUGUUGCCUCCUUCCAGUUCAACACUUUCGCCGCGCCGGAAAAUGUCACCACCUACCAGGUGAGGUUGCCCUGGAGCAACUCCACGGCGAUCGUCAAGGGAUGGGGACACAUCCAGGACUGGCUCGGAUCCGGUGGCAUGCCGGAGAAGAUGAACAUGCGGGUUCUCGGCGACAGGAGCGGCACCCAGCUGCAAGGAAUGUACUACGGCAACGCCUGUGAUAUGAAGGCCGCGCUCAAGCCACUCCUCAAGAACUUGCACGCGAACGUGUCGGAUGUCAAGGAGACCGACUGGAUGGGAGCCUUUGAGAACUACGCUUACAGCGACGAGAUUGAUAUCACCCGCCCGUACGAGCAGGUCGAGACUUUCUACUCCAAGAGCCUGGUUACCCCCGCACUCCCGGAGGAUGUGCUGCAGAACGUCGCCGAUUACUGGACCAAGGUCGCCCGGCUGAACACCCGCACUUGGUUCCUCAUCAUCGACCUGUAUGGCGGGCCGAACUCGGCCAUCACCAAGGUGCCCACCGAGGCAGGCUCGUAUGCGUACCGCGACCCGAAGAAGCACCUCUUCCUCUACGAGCUGUACGACCGCACCAUGUUCGGCGACUACCCCGAGAACGGGUUUUCGUUCCUCGACGGCUGGGUCGGCAACUUCACCCAAGGCCUGGGCAAGGACUGGGGGAUGUACGUCAACUACGCCGACCCCCGCAUGAGCCGGACCGAGGCUCAGGACGUCUACUACAGGCAGAGCCUGCCCCGUCUGAGGGACAUCAAGAAGCAGAUUGACCCUACCGACCUCUUCUACUACCCUCAGGCUGUUGAGCCCGCCGUCUAGAUGGCAGUCGACGGUGUUGCCUGGAGCACUUAGGGUAGUGCCUAGGGAUUCAAACUACAUUCGGGGAAAAGAUGUACAUAGGACGACGAGACUGUAUCUGUGUAGAUGAACCAGGCAUCAAAUAGAUUCCACGCCAUCCAAAUUAGAUGCCCUUGAGCCUAUUCCAUGAC